AUGACUAUCGAGAACCACAAGAAUGAUACAUCAUUGGCCAUAGAGGUGAAAGACUUGACGUAUGAAUUUCCUCGAAGCAAUUCCGCAACCAGUCCUAAGAUAGGGUUACAAGAUAUAAAUUUAUCUAUCAAUUGGUCAAACAGCGUUUUAUUGGUUGGGCCAAAUGGUAGUGGGAAAUCAACUUUACUACGUAUACUAGCUGGUAAAACUCUUAUUAAAAAAGGACAAUUAAAAUUAGGAGGGUUUGAUCCAUUUGAGUUUUCAACUAAAACAAAACAUCAUAAUUCUGAUAUUAAUAAUUACAUCACUUACUUGGGAACUGAAUGGAUUACUAAUUCAGUCAUUAAAAGAGAUAUACCAGUGAAUCUUUUAUUAAGUUCAAUUGGUGGUGAUUUAUAUUUAGCCAGAAGGAAUUUAUUAAUUGAAAUUCUAGAUAUUGAUCCAAGCUGGUCAAUGAUAAAUUUAUCAGAUGGAGAAAGAAGACGAGUUCAAAUAGCAAUGGGAUUAAUUAAACCUUGGAAAUUAUUAUUAUUGGACGAAGUGACGAUAGAUCUAGAUGUAGUGGUGAGAUCAAAACUAUUAAAUUAUUUAAAAAACGAAUGUAAUGAAAGAAAUUGUACAGUUGUAUAUGCUACUCAUAUCUUUGAUGGAUUAGGAAAUGAAUGGUGUGAUCGAUUGCUACAUUUAAAUUCUGGGCAGAUUGUAAAUGAUGUCCAAAUGAAUAAAAUCAAAUUUGAAUCUAAUCUUGAUAAAGAUGUUGAUGAGAAAGAUGAUAACGAAACGAUAAUCAUAAAAAAAUCAAGUACAUUGCAUCCAUUGGCCUUGUAUUGGCUUAAUAAAGAUUUGGAAGAAAGAGGACUGAGAGAAGAUGAGAAAUUGAAAAUGGCUAAAAGACAUAAUGAUUGGAAAAAUUCAAGAGAUGGACAUUAUUUUGAUGCCAAUGAAGAUAAAUUGAAAACAUAUUUCAAAAACACGAGGAGUGAUAAAUAA